GUGCUUUGUUGUCAGUUUUCGUUCGUUCGCGUUUCGAUCGUAUACUAUGAUAACUGGGUCCGAAAGCUGCCAAAAAGAAAUACCUAUAGUUCAAUUGGUCAACACAAUGCGGGCCACCCCAUAGACCUAUUAACUUAUAUAGUUAUUAGUUAAUAGGUCUAUGGGCCACCCGAUAAUAUAGCACUUACUAUAUUAUCAUAAUAAUCAUCAUCAAAUGCAAUUUGUACAAGCAGGUACCUACUACCUAUUAAAUAAAACAACCAGAAUAAGGUCAGCGUAAAGUACCUACUGGUCUGACGGCAAAAGUUUCUGCUACUGUGACUACUGCUGCCAUAGUUACUGCAGUCCAAACUCCAUUAAAAUUGUUAAAAAAACAACAUCAGCAGCAGCAAAAACAGCAGCAACAACCACAAACACAACAAGAAAGCGCUAACAAAAUGAAAAUAUACAGGUGUGGCUCUUGUACAUUCCACUCGAAAGAGCUUAGGCAUGUUCGACUUCACGUGCGCUCUCAUACGAACAAAAAGGAGCCUGAAAACCCUAUUCUUAAACAAGGAGUGGCUAAAGCAUUGACUCCGGCACCACAACAGAAGAAACGAUGCUUCAGAUGUCAAAUAUGUACUAAAUGCUUUUUUAGUCGAAAUAAUUGCCUUAAGCCCGUUCAAAAAUACUAUAAUCAGCAACCUGCUCCCAUCAAGAAACUUCAGAUGGUAAUGAGAAAGAUGUUGAUGAAGACAAGGCAAAUGUGGAAGACAAAAUGGAAGACUUGGACAUUUUAGCCGCAAUCCAUAAUGAUAAUCCUACUAACAGUGGGGAUAGGUACACAAAAUAAAUUUUAAGAUUUAUACAACUUU